GCCGCGAGGGACAAGGCGGAAGAGGGCGGAGCUUGUGUUUGAAAGUGGCGGGCAGCAAAACCUUUAUGUCUGCAGCUGGACUAAGUUUUUACUAAAGGAUUACACUGCACUUUUCUGCUGCUUUAUUGUAAUCGUUUUAUGAGCAGUCCACUACUUACGUUUACGCAAGUGUGUGGAAAUAUAUAUGCUCGUCUUGGAGAGAAGAAAACAGGGAGAUUACUGGUUACUGGUUAUUAGUUCAUCAUGACCAGUGAGGAUGCAAAGGUGAUCCCUGUCCGUGUAGCAUUGCGCAGUCGGCCUCUGGUGCCCAAAGAAAUCAAUGAAGGAUGUCAGUGCUGCCUCACCUUUGUUCCCGGAGAGCCCCAGGUCAUUGUUGGGACAGAAAAGGCGUUCACAUAUGAUUAUGUGUUCGAUCCAACUGUCGAGCAAGAAGAGGUUUUCAAAACAGCAGUGUCCUCGUUACUGUCUGGUCUUUUCAAAGGCUACCAUGCCACAGUCCUCGCCUAUGGGCAAACUGGAUCAGGGAAAACUUACUCCAUGGGAGGAACAUAUACAGCAGCUCAAGAGGGUGACCCGUCUGUUGGUGUGAUUCCUCGAGUUAUUCGAAAAAUCUUUGAAGAAAAGGAAAAUGCCACAGAGUGUGAAUUUUGCCUUGCUGUAUCUUAUCUUGAGAUCUAUAAUGAAGAGAUUCUUGACUUACUUUCAACAUCUAAAGACAAACCAGCUCUCAGCAUUCGAGAAGACCCCAAAGAUGGUAUUAAGAUCGUGGGCCUAACUGAGAGGCAGGUGAUGUCCGCUCAGGAGAUGGUAGGCUGCCUGGAGCAGGGGAACUCUUCUCGUACUGUGGGCUCUACCGCCAUGAAUGCUGCUUCUUCACGCUCUCAUGCCAUUUUCACAAUCACCCUGGAGCAACGCAGGGGAACAGAUAAGUCUGAUUCUGUAGUUUCCAAACUGCAUCUUGUGGAUCUGGCAGGUUCAGAGAGGCAAAAGAAAACAAAAGCAGAGGGGGAUCGUUUGAAAGAAGGCAUCAGCAUCAAUAAAGGCCUUUUGUCUUUGGGAAAUGUAAUCAGUGCUCUGGGCGAUGAAAGCAAGAAAAACACCUUUGUUCCUUACAGAGACUCAAAACUCACACGUCUGCUACAAGACUCUUUGGGAGGAAACAGUCACACACUGAUGGUCGCAUGUGUCAGCCCAGCAGACUCAAACAUGGAAGAAACCAUUAAUACAUUGCGAUAUGCCGACAGAGCUCGUAAGAUCAAAAACAAACCAAUCAUCAACAUUGACCCCAGAGCAGCUGAGAUGAAUCGUCUCAAGAAGCAGGUCCAAGAACUGCAGGUGAUGCUACUUCAUGCCCGUGGAGGAGUAGCACCGGUGUUGUCUGGGGUGGAGUCCACCGAGAAAGUCACCAAGCUCUUAGAAAGAAACCGCACUCUGCAGGACGAGAACAAUAAGCUGAGCCGUGAGCUGAGCGAGGCAGCCGGACAAACCGCUCUCAUGUUUGAGAAGAUCAUUAUGACAGAACAAACAAAUGAAAAACUGCUGAGCAAACUAGAACAACUGCGGCAGCAUGAAGCAUGUGCUGUAGAUCUGAAGAAGCUGCUGGUCAACCUGGAAGACCAGGAGCUGAAGGAGAAUGUGGAAAUAAUGAAAAACCUACAAGACAUCAUACUGGAAUUAAAGACUGAAAGUGCAGGGAUCGCUGCUUCUAUUGAUGCUAUGGCAACAGAGGAUCUACAGGAGACAUCAACAAAUGGGAGCCAAAACUUUGCAAAUGCUUCCCCAGCUGAUACUGCAGCCAGUGCUGGUAAAGAAUCCCCAGAGGCCUAUACCACCCAUCAUGCAUUGCGGCAGGCCCAGCUAUCAAAGGAGCUGAUCGAACUUAACAAGGUGUUGAGUUUAAAGGAAGCCUUUGUGAAGAAAAUGUGCCAGAAUGACAGUCAGCUGGAGCCAAUGCAGUCAGAGCACCAGAAAAAUGUUCAGGAACUACAAACAGCUGUGGACUGUCUGCAAAAGGAGAAGGAGGACCUUGUUUUGGCUCUACAGUGUGCAAAGAAAGACACAAGCCAGGCCAAACUUAGUGAACAGCGCAGAAAAAGGCUGCAGGAGCUGGAAGGGCAACUUGGAGAAAUGAAGAAAAAACUCUUGGAACAGUCAAAACUUCUAAAACUUAAAGAAUCCUCUGUCCAGAAAGUCAGCAAGCUCAUGCAGGAGAUCCAGGCAAUGAAGACUCAGCGUACACAGCUCAUGAGACAAAUGAGAGAUGACUCUGAGAAAUUCAGGCUUUGGAAGAGCAAAAAGGACAGAGAAGUGAUUCAGCUUAAAGAAAAAGAUCGCAAGCGGCAGUAUGAGUUGCUCAAACUUGAAAGGGAUUUUGAGAAACAGGCUAAUGUCUUACGCCGCAAAACCGAAGAGGCUGCAGCUGCAAAUAAGCGCUUAAAGGAUGCUCUGAUGAAAAGAAGCGAAGUGACAGAUAAACGCAAAGAUGUGCAGAGCAAAGGCAUGGAGAGUGCUGCUGCUCGAGUGAAGGCCUGGCUGUUCAAUGAAGUGGAGGUGAUGGUGAGCACAGAGGAGGCACGGCGUCACCUGAACGACCUGCUGGAGGACAGGAAGGUUCUCGCUCAGGACAUUAACCAUCUCAAGGAGCAAAUCGAGGCUGGAGGCAGACCUGCCUCUAAAAUCAGGCGUCGGACCCUAAUCAUCUCUGAGCUGGAAACACAGGGGGCACUAGAGACCCCUCUGAGCAAACAAGUGGAAAACCUGGAGACUGAGAUGAGCCUCAGAAAUGCCCAGAUCGCCGACCUUCAGCAGAAAGUUCUGGUGGCCGACACUGAUGGGCGCUGGAAACAACGCAUUGACAGCAUCACAAGCAUUGUUGAGGCCAAGUGCGCCCUCAAGGUCCUCAUGUCGGAGCUGGUGAGCACUAAAACGGCUUGUGCUAAGCUGGAGAGUGAUCUGAAACAAGAGAAGGGAAAUGCCCAGGACCUGCGAAAGAUGCUCGCUGAAGAGAGGAACGUGAUGUCCACUAUGGACAUGGAGCACCAACAGCAGCUGGUUGAACUGGAGGAAAGACACCAGGAGAAGGUCCACUAUUUUCUUACACAACUUCAAAACAAAUCUAUUUGUGCCGAACCUGAGAAACCAGUGCCCAAAGGGGAGAGUUCAAGGGAGAAGGACCUUCUAGAGCGGCUUCAGGCCCAGGAAGAAGAGAUCGCCAGGCUACGGGAAUUAAAUGAACAGAAAAAGUCUCUUGUGGAGCAGAAUGAGCAUUUCAAACAGAAAUUUGCACUCCUUCAGCUGGCAAGUGGCAAGAAGAUUCUUGCGCCAGCAGCUCUCAAUGAACAAAUGUCUGAGGAUUCAUUUGAGUACAUCCCCCCAAAGCCUAAAGGGAAGCGCUUCACCACAGCAAAGGCACCAGUAAAUACAACUAUCACUGUGGAGGAGUUAAUGUCUCCCAGUGAGGAAGAGGAGGAGGCUGAGGAGGAACCUGAAGAGUGGCUUCCAAAAAAGAAUGAAAAGGGACGUACUAGCUCCAGGAAAUCGAAAACCACUGGGUGCUCCUGCAAAGGUCGUUGCAGUAACAAACUGUGCAGGUGCCGCAAGGGAAAGAUGGCGUGUGGAGAGAACUGCCAGUGUGAUCACGAAAAGUGUCGUAACAUGGAGAACAAUGGGUCUGCCACUAAAGAUUCAAGUCAGACUGAGAAUGUGUCGAGGGAAGGAGCUGUAUCUCCUCGAGACACAGGGAGCCCUGACAACACCACCUUCUUCAAACCGCCCACCUGUACACCAACCAAGAAGGUGCUUAAAGAAAUUGGAGAUAUGGGGCACGAUACCGAAGACCUGCUGAAACGAACCAUAAUGAUAGAGCAGGAGGACGAAGAAGAAGAGGAUGAGCGGACGACUGUCAGCUUCCUCAAGAAAAAGAAGAAGAUCCUAACAAGUUUCCAGAACAGUUUCUUCGCUGGUUGCACUCCGAUCAGGGAAGAAUCUUAACCAGCACUAUGUGGCUUUUAAUGUGUCUUGUCUGAUUUUAUGUAGAUUAUGUUCGAUUAUUUGUACUGUAAUUUUAAUGUAGCUCUUGAUUGUAAACUGCUAGAGGUUAUAAAGGGUGAGUAGCAUUACUUACUAAAUAUAAUCAACUAAAAUCUUGUACAUAAUGUAUUGGUUUAAAUAUUACUUAUGAUUCUUCUUGCUGUCAGACUAAACACAUUUUAACAUUGAUCAACAGUUCAUCAUUGAAAUAAUACAAGAAACCUUAACAGACAGUGAUUGGAGUGUGACUUUAGUGCUUCUUGGAGUUUAAUAAAGUCUUUCAGUCAAAUGUUUUUUUUAUCAGUAUCUGCACCAGAUCCAUUUAGUUUGUUUUUAUUUAUUUUUAAUAAUUCCUCUUGUUUUUACUGUUUCUUUGUGGGAGUUCAACUGUAGAAGGUCAAUAACAUGAAAUUAAAACAAGGCUU